UUUGGACAAACACCACUACAUUACUGUCUAAAGAAUGAGUGGCUGACGCACGAGCAACACAAGGAAGUCGCAAUUCUCAAUAUCAGCUUUGGCGCGUCGGUGACAAUAAAAGAUGUGGAUGGAAAGACGCCUCUUGAUUUGUAUGAUGAAAACGAAUGUAAAGGAUACGAAGAAACCACGAGAAGUAAAAAGAAACAAGAUUUAAAAGAAUUACUUGAAAAACUAUCAACUCCAUCAGAGAUUUUAGCCAGGGGUCCCGAUGCCGUAAAAGCAUUCAAAGAUGCACUUCAAAACGGUGAAAUAACAGUUGUUAAUUCAAGACUGAUGUUUCUUGGUCAAGAGGGUUCCGGGAAAACCUCUUGUGUUAAAGCCAUGCUGGGAAAAGUGUAAGUACAACAAAAUGCCUUGUAUUAAUUCCAUAAAAUUGUAAUUUUAUAUUAUAUGGAUCAUUAUUUUCCUUGCCUUUCUUUUUAAUCGGUUUCAAUAUUUUUACGUGCA